AUGCCAACCGAAUUCAUCAGUUUAACCUUCCCAAAUGCCUCUACGGAGAUCGCCCCCAUCCCCGGAGCAACCAUCGAUGUAGACUACCUCGUCAGAUACGCCAGAACACUUGAUGACUUAUCCUAUAACUAUACGCUCGUACCAUACGGUUCAUCAGGAUACGAUCCUUUCACAAUCGGUGCAACCAUCGCAGCUGCCACCAAAAACCUCAAAAUCAUCAUCGCUCUCAGACCAAACACCCUCUACCCCACUGUAGCAGCAAAGGCUCUCGCAACUUUAGAUCAACUAAGCAAUGGGCGUGCAGUCGUCCAUUUCAUCGCCGGUGGCAGCGACGCCGAGCAAGCUAAAGAGGGCGACUUCACCAACAAAGUCGAGCGCUAUGAGCGCACUGAAGAGUACAUCAAGAUUCUCCGCCGAGCCUGGCAGUCAAGAGAGCCAUUCGACUGGGAAGGAAAAUACUACCAAUUCAAGCAAUUUCACAGCGAUGUCCCUCCCGUCAAUGGCACCAUUCCCGUUUCAGUCGGUGGAUCUUCUGACGAGGCAUACCGCAUCGGUGGUUCACUUGGCGACAUAUUUGGCCUCUGGGGAGAACCUUUGAAGGAAACCAAAGAGCAAAUCGAUCGUAUCUACGCUGAAGCUGAGAAGGCUGGUCGAACUGACCGUCCUCGCAUCUGGGUGACGUUCCGUCCCAUCCUUGCUGAGACAGACGAACUCGCUUGGGCGAAAGCCCAUCGCAUCCUCGACGCUCUGAAAGCCAAUCGCCCUAAUGGUGGCCCGGGAGCAUUCGGACUUGGAAAGCCAGCUGGCGAAGCCCCAGCUCCUCAGAAUGUUGGUUCGCAGCGAUUGUUAGAGAUUGCUGCUAGGGGAGAGAUCCAGGAUAGAGCGCUUUGGUAUCCGACUGUUACUGCGACGAAUGCGAGGGGAGCGUCGACGGCGUUGGUUGGGUCGCCGCAGACUAUUGUGGAUUCGUUGCUGGAUUAUGUGGAUUUGGGGGCUGAGUUGAUUUCUAUUCGUGGGUAUGACAAUUUGAAUGAUGCUAUUGAUUAUGGGCGGUAUGUGAUACCACAGGUGAGGGAAGUGCUGAAGCAGAGGGCGAAUGGAGCGGCAAAGGCGUAA